AUUCUCUAAACCAACGUGUGCGGAAUACAGUUGUGAAAACUCCAAGUAUGCACAUGAACACACUGUCUUCAAAUAGGUCAUAUGAACCCAAAUCACACGCGAGGAUGUCAAAUUCAGCAGUGACGUCAUGAUAUACACAUAUAUCGCCCUGUCUAAACGCCCUCGCUUUCGGAUACUGCCUGUGGCAGGGUUUGAAUGUUGAGACAACUUCAUCCUCCCUGCCAAGCCUAUACAUGCCACACAGGGAUGGACACGCCAGGAGGGUUAGAUACCCAGGGACGUGCAUCGCCAGACACAUCCGUCAGAGUUGUGCGCAGGGUCCUGCUCUGCGUCGUGGUGGCGGAACUGGUCCUGGUGAUAAUACUGCUGAAGAUAGUUCUCAAUUACAUGAAAAAGAGCACAGCCGGGAAGUCGCAAGAUGGAGACACAGAUGAUAUGAAAUCAGAUUCAACUGAAAUCUCAGAUACAACUGUGAUACGAAACGAAUCAUGUGAUCAAAAUCUUGUCAACUUCAAUGAUUUAAAGGGACCCGAACAAAACAGCACGGAGACUGGGCGUGGUGCUAAAAAAGUGCGAGAGCUAAAACAGAGAAACAGAUAUAUCCAUAGCUAUCGGACAGAGGAGCUGCAGCCCCGUGACGACAUGGACCUCACCGGCUUGUGCAACAGCAGGGAGCUGUUCGGCAGCUCAGACAGUCAUGUAUAUGAAACCCUGAGUUUCAGGAGUGACGUGUCUGAUUCAAACAUAAAACUCAAUAGUUCCAAGAAAAGUGACUUGUCGACAAAAUCAAAGAAAGGCAAACGUGCAGUGAAGACAUUACCGGCUGACUUCAUACUUUGACGACAUCACGGGGACGGAAAUUUCGAUGUGCUGUAAUUGUGUAUGUGUGAUGACACGCACUGAAAACGCUUCAGACAUGAUGUGUUUUUGUGCUCAAGACCGUCUCUUAACACAUUGAACAUUGAAUGACGACAUUGAAGUGUUGUCUCAUACCUAAAUACGCAGAACAACUUAAUAUGAUUUUUGUGGCCAUUUUGCCAAAACAUUCAAAAAAAAUUAAAAAUGUGUUGCUGUGAUGUUGAA